AAUAGCACAACGUUCGAAGCCAUUGCCCGAAAACAUGGCACCAACAAGGUCACCUCCCACAGAUACCAGGCCAUGUACGAAAAGUAUCUCGGUCCUCUCCAGGGUAAGCCUGUCAAGUUCCUUGAGAUCGGACUUGGGUGCAACAUGGACUAUGGUCCUGGGGCUUCUUACAACACAUGGCUCGAGUUCCUCCCCGGCGUUGACCUCUACUUCAUUGAGAACGACCGGGUAUGUGCUGAGACAUUCAAGCACAACAACCCGAGUGCUCGCAUUGCGAUCGGCGAUCAAGCAAGCGUCCAGUUUCUGACCCAGUUUGCCAACGAGUCUACCCGGGACGGUUUAUUUGACGUAAUUGUCGACGAUGGUGGUCACGGUAUGGUGGAGCAAAUCACUUCUCUCGAACAACUGUGGAAGAUUGUCAACCCAGGCGGCCUGUAUGUGAUCGAAGACCUCCAGACCAGUUACCGGGAGCACUGGGGAGGAGAUUCGUCAGGGAGGGACACAAGGAAACAUACAACCAUGAAAUAUGUUUAUGGACUCCUCGACGACAUGAUGGCCGGGUGGACCAAGCAUUCCAUCAGUCGCUCGCUGGAGAGUGUAGACUGCAUGGCCGAGAUUUGCGUCCUGAGAAAGACUGCCUAA